AUGGCAAAAAUGACCAAAAGAUCCAAUUCAAAAGCAUAAGCUAAAAAAGUUGUUAAGAAAGUUACCAAAACUAUAAAAAAAGUAGAAGUUUAAGCCCAACCUGCUGUCGCUACAGUAUAAUCUCCUGCAAAGAAAGUAGUAAAAAGAACAAAAACAAUGGCUGAUGCCGUUUAAGCUGCUUAAUAAACUGUCCAUAAUUCUGCUGGAAAAAGGAGAUUAGCUAGAAGUGCAAGACCUGCUAAAGUUGUUGCUAAAAAAUAAGCCUAAAAAAAUAAUAGAAAUAAAAAGGCUGCUACUAAACAGGUUGCUAAAAAGGUUUAAGCUAAAAAAUAAAAAUGAAUGAUGAUUUUUUUAUUUUUUAUUAAAAUAAAUAAAUUUUUUUUUUUGAAAAAAAUAAGUGAAAUUUUUAUUUUAUUUUUUAUUUGUGUUGAGUUUUUUCUUUAUUUUUUUUAAAUAAUUUAUAUAUACU